AUGCAGCUGAGCAACAAAACCGUCGAUCAACUGCCACCGCAGGUGGAGCCGUUGGGCUUCGACCGCGGCGGCGUCCGUCCGGGCAUUCUGCACUUCGGGGUCGGGCAGUUCUGCCGCGGGCACCUCAUGUGGUACGUGCGCGACAUCCUCCGCCUCUCCGCGGCGGAGGGGGGGCGCUACAACGACUGGGGGGUCGUGGGCGUAAACGUCCUGCGCGAGCGGGCGGGCAGGCGCAUGCAGGCGAGCUUCCGGCGGCAGGACUGCCUCUACACCCUCACCCUCACCUCCGCGCGGGGGCGACCGGGGCACUACCUGAUGGGGUCCAUGCUGGACUACAUCUACGCCCCGGCGGAGCAGAAAAGGCUGCUGCAGAUGCUCGUGGACCCCCGCAUCGCCAUCCUCUCCCUCACCAUCACGGAGGGCGGCUACAACAUUGACGAGAAGCGCGACGAGUUUGACUGCAGCGACGCGAGGGUGCAGCGGGACCUCCGCACCCCGCGGGCCCCCACCACCGUAUUUGGGUACGUUGUGGAGGGCCUCCGCCGCCGCCGGGAGGCGGGGGUGCGGCCCUUCACCGUCAUGUCCUGCGACAACCUUCGGCACAACGGCGAUGUGGCGAGGAAGGCGGUGCUUGGCUACGCCCGCGCCGUGGACGCGGAGUUGGCGGCGUGGAUUGAGGCCAACGUCAUGUUUCCCAACAGCAUGGUUGACCGCAUCACCCCCGCCACGACGCCGCAGGUGCGUGACCACCUCACCGCAGGCACCGGCAUCGACGAUGCGGAGCCGGUGCAGGCGGAGGAUUUCUGCCAGUGGGUGAUUGAGGACAAGUUUUGUGGCGGGGCGCGACCGCCGUGGGACCGCGUGGGCGUCACGUUUUCCAGCGACGUGGCUGGCUACGAGCAGAUGAAGGUGCGCAUCCUGAACUCCUCGCACCUCAUGCUCACCUGGCCCGGCCUGCUCCUCGGCCUGCAGUACGUGCAUGAGGCGCUUGCGAAUGAGGCGAUCCGCCGGCUGGUGGAAGAGUCACUCGACGAGGACGUCCUCCCGACGCUGCGGGCCCCGGCGGGGGUGAACCUCGUCGCCUACAAGCAGAAGGUGCUCUCGCGCUUCAUGAACGCCGCCCUCGGCGACCAGCUGCUGCGCGUAGCCGGCGACGGCUGUUCAAAACUGCAGGUGUUUUGGGCCAGCAAUAUUGCCGCCGUCCUGCGGGGGGGGCGGGACCACGCCCGCUUCGCCUUCGGCCUCGCUGCGUUCCUCGAGACGUUGAAGGGGCAGAGCGAGAACGGCGGGAGCUUCCCGGUGUUUGAGCCGAAGCUGCCGAAGGACUACAGGGCGCUUGUGUUGGACAAGGACUUGGCCGCCCCGCUGCGGCUCCCCGCGUUCGACGCCUGGCGCGCCCUGGACCACGCGCAGCUCGAUCGCGACGUCGUCGUGUACCGCCGCCGCAUCCAAGAGCGGGGCGUGCUCGGGGCGCUGCCGUGGAAGCCGAGCGACUCCGCGGAGUUGUCAGUCUCCCGCCUGUGA